AUGGACGACCGGCGCGGGCACGGCGACGCCAUGGGCCAGAGGCCGUUCGUGUCUGCUGCUCAGGGACAGGAAAGGGUGUUCGACGGUGGAGGCGGUGGCGGCGGCCCUGGGCCAGCGUUUGGCGGUGAGUUUGAUCAGGGAUCGUCCCUCAUGGCUCUUCUCGGAGCUGGUGGUGCAAUCAGCUCCCAGCCACCGCCGCCGACGUGGGGCGUGGAGGAGGUGACCGCGGCGCCUGCCAUUAACCUGGUGCCUCAAUCAUUCUCCAUGGCGAACUACGCGCCACCGCCGCCGUCCUACCAGCAACCCACCUCGUUCGCCCGGCAAACAACCUCGUUCGCCCCAUCGCCGCUGGGCAGCAGAAUGGAUCCCUACCCGCCGUACCUUCUCGCGGACCAACCGCCGCAAUGGCAUCCUCCCCGAGCGGCGGCUGCUGCUUCCUCCCUGCCGCACUCCAACUUCACCGUCCUCUUCCCCAGGAAUGCAUACGACCAUGACAUGCAGGUACGAGCGACCGCGCUCUUCGGCGGCAGCGGCGGCUUGCACGCGUACGCGCCGCCGCCUCCGCCGCCGGUCCUCGAGCAGCCGGCGAAGGACGGUUACAGCUGGCGCAAGUACGGGCAGAAGCAGCUCAAGGACGCCGAGUCGCCGCGGAGCUACUACAAGUGCACCCGCGACGGGUGCCCCGUCAAGAAGGUCGUGGAGCGCUCCUUCGACGGGUUCAUCAAGGAGGUCACCUACAAGGGCCGCCACAACCACCCGCGCCCCCAGGAGAGCGGCCUCGCCGGCGGCAGAAACGAUGCCAUCCCCGCCCCCGAGGAGGACGUGGACGGCCCCAGCGACGACGACGACGACGACGACAACGCGUUGAUGCAUGAGGAUGACGUCGACGGGGCUCCCGGCAUGGGCGCGGACGGCGUGGCCGGGCAGAGGGUGGUGAAGAAGCCCAAGAUCAUCCUCCAAACGCCGAGCGAGGUGGAUCUCCUGGACGACGGCUACCGGUGGCGCAAGUACGGGCAGAAGGUGGUCAAGGGCAACCCCCGGCCGAGGAGCUACUACAAGUGCAUCGCGGACAACUGCAAGGUGCGCAAGCAGAUCGAGAGGGCGUCCACCGACCCCAGGUGCGUCCUGACGACGUACACCGGCCACCACAACCACGACCCGCCUAGCCGGGGCAACGAAGCCGCCGCCACCGUCGCCGCAGGCGGCUCUACCGCUGAUCCGGCCCCUUCAUCUGCGAACACGGCUAGUGGAAGUGGGGCGUUUCAGGAGAAUUGGGGGGUUCGGCAGCUGAAGGAAGAGUGCUAG